AGAUGGGUCACAAACCGAUCACGUAAGUUUUCCCGGGCGCGACAAAAGAACCCGGGCCUCGUCGACGGGGUCUGCUUCACCAGUUCAAAGCACACAGAGCAGCAGAAAGCAGAAAGCAGAAGCAGCAGCGAUGGGUGUCCGUAUAAGACUCGCGCGCAUGGGCAAGGUCCGCCAGCCCUGGUACAACAUCACCGUGUCCGACAGCAAACGUGGUGUGCGAAAAUUGCCUAUCGAGGUUAUUGGCACGUACGAUGCCACGACGAAAGAACUUCCGGGCACGACCCAGAAGUACAAAGAGAUCCAGCUGGAUUUCGACCGGGCAAGAUACUGGCUCGGUGUAGGCGCUCUGCCCUCCGAUACCGUCGCUUCGAUUUUCCGCAAGGUUAAUAUCCUCCCGCCCACAGAGAAGGAGCUCAAGCGACGAGAGCUGGCCGGUGAGAACAACUACCAAGAAGAUGACGCCGCUUUCGACGAGUCUGAAGAACAGCCGGAAGAGCAGUCAGAAGAGCAGUCAGAAGAGCAGUCAGACGAGCAGUCAGAAAAGUCGGAGUAGACAACUUCUUUAUCAGAAUGAGCAAUGACUCCAAGGAAGAAACCAAUUCAGAAAAAACAGAUGAUUAGAGAAAUGGGAGAAGGCUACAAUCUCUUGUAUCAUCGCGGCGUUUGUUUGAUUACUUCACAAUUAGAUAUAUAAAAGACUCCUGCAGCUGCAGUUGUUACCGGGUCUGUUGAGAAGAGUUGUUGUGAUGCGAAAUGUACAUAGUUAUCUAUUAAUAUCACCGAAAUAUAACAUACA